AUGAUCAAAACAUCAGCUGAUGAAGUAACAAUUCAAACAUUUCCAUCAUGUUUUGCCUUCAAUCGUCAUUAUUUUAUGUUAGAAGCGAGAAAACCGAUAAAAACAACGAAAGAUCCAAAUGAUGCCUCUGCACAACCAUCAAACACCAUUAAAAUUACACAUAUUACACACAUUAUGGACCCUGGCUGCGCUAAGCUUAAAAAUCAAAUGGAGAUGAAGAAACGGUCUAAUGCUAAACGUCAACAAAUUUUCUUCAUAAAAAGGGUGAAAACAUUGUGGAGAGGAAAGGAAAAUCAGAAAAUGACUUCACUAAGUUCAUCAAAGCUAUUGCUUUGA